CUGAAGGAGAAGGCAGUUGGUCUUUAACUAAUGUCUUUGUUUUAAUUGCACAACUAACAAUGAUUUAAAUGAGCCUGAACUAACCUUUUUCAGACUGUCCAGUGUGUAUGACAAACCGAUUUGCCAAAUGUCUAAGUAAUGAUGGCGUUUGUACCUGUGCUUUGCAACUGUCUGAUGAAUUCAAUCGUCCCGUCAACUGCAGUACCUUGACCAGUAAGUGCUGGAUGAUGAAGAAUGAAAUGUUCCGAUUGAAAAGUGGCAUUGGAGCUCGCAGAAAGCCCACCGAGCAUGCUAUGUUAGAUAAUGAUGGUAUCUAUGAUCCUGAUUGCCGGGAUGAUGGCAGUUUCCAUUCCAGGCAAUGUAAUGGGACCAGCACCUGCUGGUGUGUGAAUACUGCAGGUGUUCGAAGGACUGACAAGGGAGAUGAGAACAUUGAAUGUCCUGCCCAUCCAGUCGCAACUUUUUGGUUUCAGAUUCAGCUGAGGCACAAACCCAUAAAUGAAGUGGAUGAAGUGAAACUGAAAAAAGCUAUCAAAGACAUCUUUGCUGCUUACCAAGUGGACCCAGGUUACAUUGAAAAGAUUGAGUAUCUUGCAGAAGACCGUUAUAUAACCGUGGACUUGAAACAAAAUUUGACUGUGCAGACACCAUCUGAUCUGGCUACUGCAGCGUAUUACCUGGAGAAGGAUGUCAAGGGUAACACCUUGUUCUCCUCCACAUAUAAUCGAUCAAUUCAGGAUGAUGGAGUCCCAUUUAAUGGAGAAAAGCUUAGUUUUGAGGAAGCCUAUGUGUAUUAUAUUGAUUCAAAGAAUCCAGAGUUCUCCAUGAAGCGAAUGACUCCUGGCAUUAUUGCUGUCAUUGUGGUGGUCUGCCUAGCCAUAGUUGCUGGACUUGUUGUGCUUUUCCUUACCAGAAGGAAGGCUGCAAAGGCCCAUGUAUAUCAAAAGGCUGAGGGAAGAGAAUUGGAUGAAAUUCAGAAGCAGCAGUUGACUACCUAAUCUUCCUAGCAAAGAUGUUAGUUGCAAAUCUCACUCUGAAUUUCAGAGAUCAUUAUAAAAUGAGGCAAUGCAAAUGAACGGACUCCUGGUUUGGGAUUCUCUAAAAGGUUGCUGUGCAGCUCUUUAAUUUCCAUUCAUUUUGAACUUAAUUUAACUGCAAUCCAACCUUGUCAUGUGUAUUUGGAAAGAAGAUCUCUUAAACUGGUACUGUUAAAGGAUGUUUUCUUCCCCUCCCACAAAAGGAGAUGGCUAUCCUAUUGGAGUCAGCCAUAUUUUUAUUGGGUUCUAAUGAUUUUGUACUUCCUCAGUCUGGAAUUUUAAUUUCUUGGACUGUUAUUAUUUUAGGUCACUGCUUUUAUACUUCAGUACUUCUAUUGAAGUGUAAUGUUUAAAUGGCUUUGUAAAAUUCUUUUUAAUAAAGACUUAAACUUCUGAAGUGA